CUCGUUUUGUUAGUUCAGCAAUAAAAAACUUAAAAGCCUAAUUUAAGUUAUUAUAUCAUUAGAUCAAUCGUCGUUCAAUGAGUGCAGUCUGGCCAUUUCGAAACAUUGCAGUUAUCGAAGGAAAGCGCGACCCAUUAGCACUAACUUGACUUCUUGGCUCUUGCCUCGGCCAGUCACCCCCUUUGACAGCAACUCUCUUUGGGAUUUCACUUCUCUUCCUUUCUCUCUCUAUACUCUAAACUAAGCUAAACCAUACCAGUAAGGGAGAGGAAACGCUCAAAGAAGGGACCUUUACACAUUUUCCAGGAAAUUUCCUUCCUUCCUUCUUCAAUCACAUGAAUGAUUUAAGAAAAAGUAAGUCUCUUUAUCUUCCUUUGAUACUAACAAACAAAGCCAACCUUUUGUUUACAACAAUCACUUGGAUUUCUUCCUCUUUAGAGGGGUUGGCAUUUUAGUAGAUUAGUGCGCAGUAUAUGAAGAAGUUUCUUGGAUUUAAUUUUUUGAUUAAAGGUUGAUUUUUUUAUUGUGGACUACCACUUAAAUUAAGCCAGAAUCAUGAAUCAACCACAAGAGAAGUUUGUGAGGUUUCAAGAUUGGAAAUCAGAGAAAACUACUGAAGGUCGGUAUUCUGCAAGUAAUGGGAUAUAUCCAGGAAAAAUUAGAACAACAAUAAGCUCAGUUUCGGAGAAGGUUCAAAGAGGAUUGGAAUCUGGUUCUGCAAGCUUUAGAAGGAUUUCAAAAUCAUUAAAAUCACAUUCAUUCAACAGUGAGUUUGCUUCCAAGCAGAAAAUUCUUGACCCACAGGGGCCUUUCCUUCAAAGGUGGAACAAGAUAUUCGUAUUAUCAUGCGUGAUUGCUGUUUCACUGGAUCCUUUGUUUUUCUAUGUCCCUGUGAUUGAUGAUAAGAAGAAAUGUCUUUCUUUGGACAACACGAUGGAGAUUACAGCAAGUGUUUUGCGCUCUUUUACGGACAUCUUUUAUAUACUACAUAUUAUAUUUGAAUUCCGCACUGGAUUCAUCGCUCCUUCUUCUCGGGUAUUUGGAAGAGGUGUUUUGGUUGAGGAUACUUGGGCAAUAGCUAAGAGAUAUCUAUCAUCAUAUUUCUUAAUUGACAUUCUGGCAGUCCUUCCACUCCCACAGGUGGUGAUUUUAAUUAUCAUUCCAAAAAUGGGCGGCUCAAGUUAUUUGAAUACAAAGAACUUGUUAAAAUUUGUUGUUAUCUUCCAGUAUGUUCCAAGGUUUGUGCGAAUCUAUCCAUUAUAUAAGGAAGUUACAACUUCUGGCAUCCUUACCGAAACUGCAUGGGCUGGAGCUGCAUUUAAUCUGUUUCUGUACAUGCUUGCGAGUCAUAUACUUGGAGCCUUUUGGUAUUUGUUCUCAAUAGAACGAGAAACAAAUUGUUGGAGAAAAGCUUGUGGGAAAAAUUGUGGAUGCAAGCCUGAACUUUUGUUUUGUGAUAGAGAUGUUGUUGGAGAUGUCACAUUUCUGGAUGGUUAUUGCCCGAUACAAACACCAAACGAAACAAUCUUCAAUUUUGGAAUAUUCCUUGAUGCCCUUCAGUCUGGUGUUGUUUUGUCGUCCAUGGAUUUUCCACAGAAGUUCUUUUACUGUUUUUGGUGGGGCCUGCAAAAUCUGAGUUCUCUUGGUCAAAAUCUUCAAACAAGUACCUAUGUUUGGGAAAUCUGCUUUGCAGUUUUCAUUUCUAUCUCCGGCUUGGUACUAUUUUCAUUUCUCAUCGGAAAUAUGCAGACAUAUUUGCAAUCCACAACUACAAGAUUGGAGGAAAUGAGAAUCAAAAGACGAGAUGCAGAGCAGUGGAUGUCCCAUCGCUUGCUUCCAGAUAAUAUAAAGGAGCGGAUUAGGCGGUAUGAGCAAUAUAGAUGGCAAGAAACUAGAGGUGUUGAUGAAGAGACCCUUGUCCAUAAUCUUCCCAAGGACCUUAGAAGAGACAUUAAGCGUCACCUCUGCUUGGCUUUGCUCAUGAGAGUGCCGAUGUUUGAAAAAAUGGAUGAACAAUUACUAGAUGCUAUGUGUGACCGUCUUAAGCCAGCAUUAUACACAGAGGAGAGCUACAUUGUUCGUGAGGGUGACCCGGUUGAUGAAAUGCUCUUUGUUAUGCGGGGCAAGCUAUUGACCAUGACCACCAAUGGUGGAAGAACUGGCUUCUUCAACUCUGAGUACCUCAAGGCUGGUGACUUUUGUGGAGAGGAACUUCUCACAUGGGCUUUAGAUCCCCACUCCUCAUCUAAUCUGCCUAUCUCAACUAGAACAGUUCGAACCAUUACGGAAGUUGAAGCCUUCGCUCUAAUGGCCGAUGACUUGAAAUUUGUUGCUUCUCAAUUCCGGCGGCUCCACAGUAAGCAGCUCCGGCACACUUUCAGGUUUUACUCACAGCAGUGGAGGACAUGGGCAGCCUGUUUUAUACAGGCUGCAUGGCGCCGUUAUAGUAAAAAGAAGCUCGAAGAGUCUCUUCGGCAAGAGGAAAACAGACUACAAGAUGCAUUAGCCAAGGCUAGUGCGAGCUCACCAAGUUUAGGUGCCACAAUAUAUGCCUCCAGAUUUGCUGCUAACGCUUUGCGUGCUCUACGGCGUGGUAGCAAUCGCAAGUCAAGGGUACCGGAUAGAGUUCCACCAAUGCUGCUGCAGAAGCCAGCAGAGCCUGAUUUUACUGCUGAAGAAUGAAUGACGGGAAGUAUGCUACUUUUCAUAAUUUGUGCUUUUGAUUGUUUGUAGAAACUAGACCAACUUUUUCCAGCAAAAUAUUAGAUAAAAAAAAAAAAAUCAAGAAAGGAGAGCUUGGCACAAUGUUAUAGCAGAUGGCUGCAGUUAGUGGGUGUUCCGAGGCCUGUAUAUGUAUAUGUAUAUCAUGUUGUAUAUGGAAGUGUUCAAUUGUUUCCUGAGUUGAUUUAUGUUCAUAGUUUAGAACAGAGAAAUCUAACAGGAUGUAAUGAAUUAGUGCAGAGUGGUGUCUGAAUAUGCAGAACUAUGUUAAGGGAAGGCAUGCUAGAUUACUUAUUCUAGCCUUUCUUAUUUUUUUAUUUUAUUAAGAAUAUCACUAAUUGAUUUGUUUCUCAAAUAA